AUGUUUCCAGAAAUUGCAGCGGUCUCCGGACUGGUCCUCCUCUACCUCUACCAUGUUAAUCGUGGUAUGAAUCAUAUGCCGGAUGACAUCCUCCGCUUGACGCCUCAUCGGUGGACAACCGAGGAAAUCCAAGCCGCGUAUGAGGAAGCCAUCCGCAACCCAGUCGACGUGCGGAAAAGUCUUCCUCCGACGCAGAAUCGGCGGUAUAUCGUGGUUGGCGGGUCAGGUCUCGUGGGAAGUUGGAUGGCGAGACAUCUGCUCAUGCGCGGCGAAGACCCCUCAGCUAUCCGUAUCCUGGACCUUGCAGUCCCUCCUCGCGAUCUCCUCAAUCAGGGCAUUGCUUUCGUCAAGACAGACAUUACCGACGAGAAGGCUGCGAUUGAUGCCUUUGCACAACCCUGGCCUGAAUCCGUGGCCGAUCAACCCUUGACCGUUUUCCACAACGCCGCUGUAAUCAGGCCCGGCGAGCGCCACAAGGCUUUCCUUCCCCGCUGCCGCAAUGUCAAUGUCAACGGCACCGUGAACGUGCUGAAUGCUGCAAAGAAAGCCGGAGCAAGCUGUUUCGUCUCGACAUCCUCCGGCUCCAUCUGUAUCCACCGUCCCUCCUUCUGGAUUGCUCCGUGGCACAAGACCCCCAAGAACUUCGUCCAGGUCAUCAACGACUCCCACCCCGUCCCCCAAACCCACGACCAAUUCUUCAGCAAUUACGCCGCCUCCAAAGCCGAAGCCGAGCGCAUUGUUCGCGCAGCCGAUGACCCCAGCAACAACUUCCGCACGGGAUGCAUCCGCCCCGCCAACGGCAUCUAUGGCAUCGGUGACACGGACGGUUCCCUCACAGGAUCCUAUCUACGCAACGGCGGCAGCCCAAGCUGGCUCUCCAACAUCGUACACAACUUCGUCAGCGCCGAAAACGUCUCCAUCGCCCACCUCGCCUACGAACACUGUCUCAUCAACAACCACACCAACAACCUGCCCAACAUCGGCGGCCAAGCCUUCCUAAUCACCGACCCCAACCCACCCCCCACCUACCGCGACAUCUACCUCCUCAUGCACACGCUUUCCAAAACCCCCGCCAAUUUCCCCCCUAUCCCCGCCGUCCCGUUCCUCCUUCUUUCAUAUCUUUCUGAAUGGUAUGCGUUGCUGCAGUGUUGGUAUGCUUCGUGGCUGCCUCGUCUCUCGGAAACUAUGGAGAAGUUGCAGCCGGGUUUGUUUGGGAUUAUCUGUGUGCACUUUGUGGUGGAUGAUGGGCGGGCUCGCAUGGCGCCGGCACAGGGCGGGUUGGGCUAUGUGUCCCCGAUUACGACGUUGUAUGGGAUGUGUAAGGAUUUGGAGGCUUGGAAUGAGAAAGUUGGUGGUAAGGGGGUGGGUGGGAUUGGGGAGGGAGGGGAAGGGGGUGUUGUUGUGCAGAAGGAGAAGAUGUGA